UGAAGACAGCUAAUGCCAGUGAGUGUAAAUGGCGUCUCUGUAUACACACACAAUGAACGACCCCGUCAUCAGGUCAGCACACGUCUACUCGUCUAGCAGUGAAUAACAUUUGAUCGAGGCUUGACCUGUUUUCAUGGCUCAUCGCUGAGGGACGGCAUGGCUUUACACAACUUGGUGUUUGUUAUCGACGUGGAUUAUGGAGAUCACGAGUCAGUCGAUCAGCUGGAAGUCAGAAAACAUCUAUUGAAACGAGGAUUACUACAAAUAUUGCUUCAUUUCGGCUACAAAUAUGGAUUUGAGAAACUGCGCUGGGGUUAUAAAUUCUUCCAAGGUAAGACUUCUCGCAAUGCCAGCUUCAUAUCAAGAGGAUCAGACUUCAAGGAGCUUCUGCACAAAACAUUUGAGGACUUUGAGAUAGAGUUUGACUCCAAGUUUGACAUAAAGGAUAAACUGUGCAGCUCUCAGCAGAAGCAGAAGCAGCAAUGCAAUCAAUCUGCUUCAGUUCAAAACGCACUCAAAGAAACCCUGCUGGACUUCCAGUGGGACAGACCGGACAUCACCUCUCCUACUAAACUCUCCCUGAGGCCCAGAAAGUCCAGCCGGCCUGGAAAGCCCAGUGUUGUUUCACAGGAGGAUGAUUUUUUAACAAGCAACGGGAGGAAUGUGGUGUUUAUUGUGUCAGAGUGUCCACAAACAGGGUCACAACUCAUGAACUACCUCUCUUUGAGAAAGCAUGGCUUGCCUACUACAGAUAUAUCAGAGCACAUUAUAUCCAGGGGUCUUCACGACAUGCUCGUUCAGAGACAAGUUGUGCUGCACUGGAUUGACAGCAGGUCUCAUAUACAGGUCAUGAAAUGUGAGGAUCACCUCGGCUCCAACAAGCUGUCCGAGGUCCUGGCGCAGAUGGGUGGCAAAGUAAUGCCGGUGGUCGCACUGCUGAACCUCUGCUGCACUCAGAAGUCAGACUCCAACUUCAGGAGAGAGAGCUUUACGUUCAGAUCUGGCAUCGGAUACCUUCUGUCGUCUGAAAGGCUGCACCGCCUGGCUUUCCCUAUCACAAGGGGGGUUGUGCAGUUGGAGCAAGGCGAUGUGACACAGAGCUGUGCUGUAAUGGUGGAGCCAGUGUCUCGCAGACAGAGGCUUCUCUCAGAGUCCGUGGAAGUCUGCCUGAAAGGAGUGCUUCAGGGCUGGGACCCCUCAUCACUGACACAGACCUCCACAGAGUCAUGGGUGCUCCAGUGCUCCAGCAACAGUGACCAAGGAGCUGCUGCUGCCUUCCAGCAUCUCCUCAUGGAGCUCUCUGCUCAUGCUCUGCACAUGUUUGCUGAGGUGGGUGACAGCGGCCUGGUCUCCUCGGCGGUCCUUUCCCCCUUGUCACACUUUACAGCUCUGCUCACCGUCCUCCAGCCUCGGAUCACUCAGAACGACCAGCUCCUCACCGCUGACAUCGUUGCCCCGGCCGCAGCUGAAACCUCCUCUGACUUGCCAGAUGUCGUGAGCAGCGUUCUGGGAGUAGUGUACGACAUCAUGGAGGAGGACGGUGACGGUAUCGAUGACCAGCCAAUCAGCCAUCCUGUUCCAGAGUGGGCCCAGCAGGAACUCGGUCAUUGUCCGCUGACAACAGGCGUGUUGGAGAGUUGGUUCCCUCAGUCGGAUCAGUCAGGAGUCAGUCCCCAUUUAAUGGAGUCAUUGAGGUUGCUGCACGCAGCGCCAGAUCAGAGAGAAGAGGAGGAGUCUGUCUUACAGCAGGAGCUGAUCAGUGAUCUGUCCGAACUGUAUCAGACAUCCCUGGGCGCAGACAACAAGAAGGGCAAGAAACGUGGCGCCCAGCGCACCCCAGUGAAACAGAAGAUGAAGACGAUGAGCCGCUCUUUGCAGAUGCUGAAUGUGGCGCGGCUCAACGUGAAAGCCCAGAAGGACCAGGCUGAAGCCGAGCAGUUGGGGGCGGAGGUCAAGGGGUCAGACAGACAGGGGAAGAAACGGUCAAGUGACAGAAACAAAUCUGCAGGAGCCAACACCAUCAGUUUCACCAGUGAGGCAGAGCUGCUCUCCCAUCUGAAAUCCAGUUAUGAGAAGACCGUAGCAGAGAGAGACUUGUCCCUCAUCACUGGUUCCCAGCAGCUCCUGUCUGCUGUGAAAACCUUCCUAAUUGCAGAAUCCGACCUGGAGGUGAAGACUUCACUGUUUGUCCAGCAGCACCUCGUCAAGACCAGCAAAUCAAUCAGGCAGUUCUAUGGCACAGCUGCUGAUGUUGAGAGCAAAGUUAGAGAGUGCCAGAUUCAAGCGUUGUUGAGACUGGAGCUGUGCAGACUGUUCUCCUCUCCGGAGCAGGCCGACUCACUGGAUGCUGAUCAGAUGGCAGAGGAGGUGGCUGAAAUGCUCAGGAUUAUCUCACUAACAAAAGACGCAGUUUUCCUUGCAAGGUUCCUUCAAGACGAGGUCCUCCCAGCGUUCCUAACAGCUGUCCCCAGGGUGCUCGCGGAUAUCUACCACAGUCUUGGCACUCAGCUCCCCGAGGCCUUGGUGGCUGUUCUGCCUGCUGACUUCUUCAGUGACGAGUCGGUUGCCAAGGACAGCCUUUCUCCUUCGGCCUCCUCGCCUCCCCUUUCCACACACAGCCUGGUUUCAGAUGGAAAAGAUCGUCUGCAGGACCUGAGAAAUCGCUCAGCCAAAAAGAGGAGGAGUGGGAUGCUGACUCGUCAUCGCAGCAUGACUGAAUCAUCGCAGAGCCUACGACAAAUAGAGAUACCUAAAAAGAAUACAAGAACUUCAAAAUCAAAGGUGUCAAAGGUGUGUGUUGCUUUGGAGAAGCGUGUUGAAGAGCCAAAACCUCAGAAACAAGACACACAAGAGGUGACCAAGGUGAGGAGAAACCUGUUCAACCAAGAGAUUGUUUCCCCCUCAAAGAAAGCAAAGCUGCCAAGGAGUCAGUCUGUGUCCGCUGUGGAAGGAGUGAAACGCAAACGAUCUCAGUCUGAAGGUACAAAGAGACACAAACUUAUAACAAAGAAAGUAUGUGAAACACCGCUCCACAAACAAGUGUCCAGUCGGCUCCUUUAUCGGCAGAAAAUGGGAAGGAGAUCUGACCCAAAUGAGGAAUGCAUUGUGGAAGAAUCCCCAGUAAAACCAGCAGAAGACCUAAGAAGAAGCCCAAGGAUAAAGAAGUUUGCUCGAAGACAUUCAACUAUCUUCUAUUCAAGUUCUCAACCUCGCUCCCGAAACCUGGAGAGGGCUCUGUCUGCAUCCCAGCUGAGUCUCAGCGACAGCAAAAUCAGCAACAUUAAUGUAAAAACUGUUCGGUCUCCGAUGCGACUUCUUUUCGGGGCGGCUGCUUCUCCCACUCGUCCUUCUACCUCUGGAGAGUCGACGAGGGCCUCUAGGAGAAGACUGUCCACAGACUCUAGUGUCUUUGAGAGUCCAAAUAAAACACCGACAAAGUCACCGAGCAAACGUGGGCGAGCCAUUCAUGGAAACACAUCCCCCAGAACCCCAGGAACCCCCAAAACUCCAACCAGGACACAUGGUCUCUUAGUUGCAGAGAGCCCCGUCGCAGGCAGCUCUCAUGAGCUCGGUAUGGCUUUGAGAGGCAGUCCUUUCAGAUCUCCAGCCAGAAGGACUCUGGUGGUAGAGACGCCGACAAAACAAAGCCCGAUGGGAAACCAGCUGAAGGGUAUUCUCAGGACUCCGGUUAAAGCUGGGGGUGAAUGCAGCUCUUCAUCUGGAUCACAUGUACUCAACAGCCCAGUGUCCAGGACUCCCAAAAAGAGCGUCACAUGGUCUCCAUCUCCACAAAAAAGUAGAAUAGCGGAGAACGUUACUUUCAAGGUGCCGGUGUCGCCGCACCUUGCAUCUCGCAUUUCUCCAAGACUGCGGAGGACACUGAACAUGUUUAGCAGUCCUGUGAAAAGCAGCAACAGCAGGUCUGACAUUUACAAAACUCCAGAAAAGACAUCUCCAACAGCACACAACUUUUCUUGUCACGUAAGCUUGUUAAAGAUUUCGGGGGAUGUAAAUACUGUGUUUUUGACACCAGAAAAAGAUUACAGGUCAUCUGAAAGACUUGACAACGGGAUGAGAACUCCUGUAAAAGACACUAAAAGUGACAAUCUACUAGAAAACCCUCUUUCACAAUCCACCCCCCCUCCAGACGACCGUCUCUCACCUAAACUCAACAGUGCAGCUCAAACCAAGACUCUCAGUCCUAAUUACCAAAUGAUGACUCGUUCUGGACGAACCCCGGGCAAAAGUUCAAAUAUUGCAUCCCCAUGUAAGCCAGUAGGAGACGGUACAGUUUCAGAGGGAUCAGAUAGUUUACUUAGGUCGCCAGCAAAGUCCCUGACGACAAGAAUGAGGUCCAGUCAAGGUGCUAAAACCAGACAUAACUUAAGAUCCCAGUCUAAUGAAAAUGUUCCCUCCAAACUAAACACAGAAGCUGCUGAGAGCUGCGACCUUGUGGAAAAGCACACACGGUUCGAUACAAAAGACGAGAUACAAGCUGACCUCUCACAAACCUCCGAAACGGACUCGAGUUCCCACACAGACUCACAGCAGCUUAAAUCCUCACAUUUCAACUCCCCCACCACAGACGAGGAGAGUAUCGAAAUUGUCAAUGCGGCAGUUGUUAAGACGCAGUUUAGCGGGGGACUCAAGAUGAACAUCAGCUUUUCACGGAAGCCUUCAAAGUCUAAUGAAGACUUUGAGCCACCACAAGGCGCAUCUGGGCGAAGCUACGGCUUCCGGCAAACCCCGGACCGCCAACAGAGGGAGGCUGCUGCUCGUUUGGGGUACGCUAACGACUCUCCUCGAUUUUCAACCCCUAGAGGCCUCUCCAGGCAGGGUCGACAAACGGGUACGGGUACACCGAACCCUCUGACGUACCAAGUAGAAAUGGAAAUGCAAACAUCGGGACUGCCCAAACUCAAAAUCAAACGCACAGACUCAAUGAACGCAGGUGAUUUGGUCACUGAUGGUCCUCGAUCGGGAGGUCAGAGCCCUUUAGUUGGUGUGAAACCUUCUCAGAUGGAAAGCCCUUUAGCUUUGUUCUCUAGACACAGAGAUCAUGGGUGCGUCUCGCCAUCUCUCUGUACUCACGUCACCCCUGCCAAGAGCACGCCUGGGAAAGGUGGAAGUGUCCAAACUUACAUUUGCCACUCCUACACCCCUACACGCCAUCCUGCAGGACCAGCACUCUCUCCUGUGACUGCAGAUAUCAUCCCCCUGUCCCCCUCACCUGUCGGGAAGGCGACCCCUGACAACCUCAACAGCUGGCCUCGGAGGAAGAGAGCCCAGAUCGGUGUGUUUGGAGGAGCGAAGGAUCGCUGCCUGAAGGGGGAGCCGCUGCUGGAGGAGCUGCUGGAGGAGGCAGAGCUCGGAGUGAGCAGGUUACAAGACACGGAGGACACCGACGAGCCCUCGAGCAACAAAGCUGCAGCGUUAACUCUGACGUCAAGACAGUCGCCUCCAGUCGGAGCGGAUGCGUCUCCUCUUUCUCCUCGGGAAGACUUGUACUGGAUAGAGAAGCUGGCUCAUCAGGCCGAGUGCAUUCAUCCUCAGACCGCUGAAGAAGAAACGAUGUGGACAGCUGGAAAUGGAGACGUCAAGUCAAUUGCGACUCCUCCCAGCUCCAGCAAAACGAGGAAGCCGGUGACUGCGAGCGGGAUUUUGGCCCUCACUCACUCUCCGCUGUUGUUCAAGGGCAGAACCGGUUCUGCUAGCAAGAGAACUCCACGUGGUAAAGAUGAAGCUGCAUCAGAGAGGAGGAUGGACGUUGACGUGGAGGUCUCUCCCUUCAGUCAGCCGAUGAGACGCUCAAACACGUCGGGGAAAUCGUACAGCAGGAAGAGGCUGCUCCCCUGA